UUUAUAUUAUUUUUUUCUGUCUUCAAUGAGACGCUGAAGCAGAACUGUUUUUAUUUGAUUUUAGUUAAUAACAUCCCAAUAAGCUGCUAUAGCUGAUAGCUAGCUGACGGUCAGUGUCUUGAGCUAAUAGCUGCUCGCCGCCGCCUCCGAUUCAAACGAAGAGCUCGCGCUCACCGGGGCGACAUGACGGGGGGGGCAUCUUCAGAGAAGGAGCCGAGCGCCAAGAAGAAGAGCGAGAAGAAGUCGGCCAUCAAAGAGGAGUUCAGACAGCUGUCCAGCAUCAUGGGAGUCAUGAACAACCUGAGGAAACAGGGUACUCUCUGUGAUGUGACACUGCUGGUUCAGGGGAAACACUUUCCUGCUCACAGAGUAGUGUUGGCUGCUGCCAGCCACUUCUUCAGCCUCAUGUUCACCACCAAGAUGAUGGAGUCGAUGUCCCACGAGGUGGAGCUCAGGAGUGCCGAGCCGGAGAUCAUCGAGCUUUUGAUAGAAUUUAUCUACACAGCUCGGAUUGUGGUGAACAGCAGUAACGUCCAGUCGUUGCUGGAUGCAGCCAACCAGUACCAGAUUGAGCCUGUGAAGAAGAUGUGUGUUGAAUUCCUCAAAGCACAAAUCGAUGCAACAAACUGCCUUGGUAUUUCUUGCCUGGCAGACUGCAUGGACUGCCCCGAGCUGAAGGCAGCAGCAGAGGACUUCUUCGAGCUGCACUUCACUGAAGUCUAUAAACUGGAUGAGUUCCUGCAACUAAAUGUUUCACAGCUCACACACCUCCUGCACCACGACAAACUCACAGUCCGUGCUGAGGCCCAGAUAUAUGACGCAGCCGUGCGCUGGCUGAAGUACGACGUGUGUAACAGACAGCAGUACAUGGUGGAGGUGUUGGGGUGCGUUCGCUUUCCUCUGGUCUCCAAAACCUUCCUCUCUAAGACGGUGCAGGCUGAGCCCCUCAUCCAGGACAACCCACAGUGUCUCAAGAUGGUCAUCAGUGGGAUGCGCUACCACCUGCUGUCCCUGGAGGACCGGGAAGAUCUGGGUGAGAGCAGCCGACCGCGACGCAAGAAGCACGACUACCGCAUCGCUCUGUUCGGAGGCUCCCAGCCUCAGUCCUGCCGCUACUUUAACCCCAAGGACUCCACCUGGACAGACAUCCGCUGCCCCUUCGAGAAGCGCCGAGACGCCACAGCCGUCUUCUGGGACAACGUGGUCUACAUCCUCGGGGGCUCGCAGCUCUUCCCCAUCAAGCGCAUGGACUGCUACAACGUCCUGAAGGACAGCUGGUACUCCAAGCUGGGUCCUCCCACGCCUCGCGACAGCCUCGCUGCCUGCCCUGCGCAGGGCAAGAUCUACACCUCCGGCGGGUCAGAAGUGGGAAGCUCCGCCCUCAACCUUUUUGAAUGCUACGACACAAGAACGGAGUCUUGGCAGGUGAAAACCAGCAUGCUCUUGGCUCGCUGCAGCCACGGCUCAGUGGAGGCCAACGGGCUCAUAUACGUCUGUGGCGGCACGGUGGGCAACAAUGUGUCCGGCAGGGUCCUCAACAACUGUGAGGUUUACGACCCAAACACACAAAAGUGGAGGGAGUUGUCUGGUAUGAGGGAGCCCAGGAAGAACCAUGGGCUGGUGGUGGUCAACAACAGGAUCUACGCUGUUGGAGGGCAGGGACCUUUGGGCGGGCUUGACUCGGUGGAAUACUAUGACAUUGCCAGUAAUGAGUGGCGCGCCGCUGCCGCGAUGCCGUGGCGAGGUUUAACGGUGAAGUGUGCAGCGGUUGGCGAGGUCAUCUACGUGCUGGCGGGGUUUCAGGGUGUGGGCCGGCUCGGACACGUCCUGGAGUACUACACUGAAACUGACAGGUGGGUGACUUGCAGCAAGGUGCGAGCAUUUCCCGUCACGAGCUGCUUGAUCUGUGUGGUCGACACGUGCGGAGUCAACGAGGACGAAGACAUGGAUCUCAUAGACUCUCAGGCGCACGCCCAAGCCACCCCCUCUGCGUCUCCCCCGGCCGCAUCGUCCUCGUAGGACGAGAGGAAGUUGUGAAGCUUGACGGCGGUUGUGGUCGGCUAUUUGUGUGAGAGCGAGCUCCACUAGUAAUGCGAGUACUCCCGUGUGCAUUUAUGCAGAAAACAGUUCACGUUCUUUAAUUUCGUCCAGUAGCCACAUUUCUUAAUUCACGUUUAACUGUGUCGGAUGUGUAGGUCCCAAUUUUUAAAGUGCCAGUGGGACUUGAUGCCACAAAAUUAUGCUCAAUGGAACGAGGAGAAUUUUUUUUAAACUAAGGAAACUGGAUAAGUGGGUACAGAUUCUAUGGUCAGUCCCAUUGCUUGGAAGUAAAGUACUGUUACAGAGUGUAGAUAUACAGCAUUAUAAAUAGUUGAAACUUGUUUUGUGUACAUAUUUAUUUGUUUUCUUACUGUUGUGAUUAAAAGUAAAAACUAGC